GGAAAUCCUUCCAUAGGGAACACUCUACGCUUCAUAAAUAAUAUCCACAGAGUUGUGAAGUUCUUAUGUCGUUUCAGGGCAUCCGGAACGGUUUACGUAGCGAAUCGGAAUGAUACUAACGAAGUUGUUGCUGUCAAACGAAUGGCAUUCAAGACACAGCCAAAGAAAGAAAUGUUACUAACAGAGAUCAAAGUGAUGAAACAGUUCCGACACCCUAACGUAGUCAAUUACAUUGAAUCUUAUCUGGUGGAUGCUGAUGAUUUGUGGGUGGUUAUGGAUUAUUUGGAAGGCGGUAACCUAACCGAUGUCGUUGUGAAGACGGAACUGGAUGAGGGGCAGAUUGCAGCCGUUCUUAAGGAAUGUGUCAAAGCGCUUCAUUUCCUGCAUAGCCAUUCUAUCGUACAUCGUGAUAUAAAAAGCGACAAUGUAUUGCUUGGAAUGGAUGGUCAGGUGAAACUUACUGACAUGGGUUUUUGUGCCCAAAUUCAGCCGGGAUCAAAAAGAGACACCGUUGUCGGAACCCCGUAUUGGAUGUCUCCUGAGAUUCUCAAUAAAAAGCGGUACAAUUAUAAAGUGGACAUAUGGUCGCUUGGUAUCAUGGCGCUGGAAAUGAUUGAUGGAGAGCCUCCGUAUCUUCAUGAAACACCAUUGAAGGCAAUCUACCUGAUUGCGCAGAAUGGAAAACCAGAAAUUAAAAGACGAGAUCAGCUUUCUCCUGAUUUCUUAGACUUCCUUGAUCGCUGCCUCGUAGUCGAACCUGAAGACAGAGCUGAUACGGAAGAACUUCUGCGGCAUCCGUUCCUUGCAAGGGCGAAACCGCUCAGCAGUCUAAUUCCCUACAUAAAGGCAGUGAAGGAACUUAAAGAAAAAGAAAAACUCUGCCACAAAUAG